UCUUCUGAUGAAUGUAGCAAAAGAAGCCCAAAGAAACAAAGGGUAGAAACAGAGUGAUGGGUUGGUUUUUCAAGGAAAGAGGUCCUGGGUGGAAACAAGGUUGGACUGAGCAAGCGAUAACCUCCAUAUCUCCUCCUCCUUUGCCUCUUCUUUCCAUAUUUGGAAUCAUAUGUCUUCUUCUGUUGGUUUCUUCUUAUGUGAGCUUCAAGAAAGAGAUACAUCAUUCAAUGCUUAAUCUGAAGUUGUUCUUCUUGUUCUUGCCUGUGGUCUUGAUCUUUGCUGCCCAGUUUGUCAGUAAGUGUGAAAGGUUCGUGAUUCCUUAUGCAAGGACGAAGAGGGAGUUGGAGUAUAGGACGAGGAACUUGCCUUGGGGCAUGGUUAUUCUGCUUGUAGUUCUUCUGGUGAUGGUCUCUUACCAGUCCUAUUUUCAUUCCAUGUGGUCUCCAAAUAUUUGGAGAUCUUACUACUAGUUUGUCGGGGUGUGGUCUAGAGAGAAGGAGAACAAGCAAUUACAUUGGGUUCUGUUUAUCUAAUCUGUGAAUAAUUUAAGAUAUGAGUUGCUGGGUUAUAGUUUUCCAUCCUUCUUAUCAUUGUAGCUAUGGCAGUGUUUACUGUCCUCCCCAUGGCAUGGAUGAUAUCAAAAGUUUUAUAAUCUUUCAAAAUCACCUUGUUAAUCACUUUACAGUUACAGGGCUCUCUCAAUUU